AUGAAAUUCAAUAUAUUUGAUGGAAUCAUUGACUUUAUAAAUCAAAAAGACAAAGAGUUGCGUGAUUCUACAGAAGAAAUCAAAAAGCUUCAAACAGAAUUAAAAACAUUACAAAAUCAAAUACAAAAUGCGACCAAAGAAACAACAGUAACCCCAAUUAAUAAAACUCACAACUUUUCGAGAGAGUUUUUAACUAAAUUAUCAUCACUUAAGGAAACAAAAGAUUUUGAUAGUGUUUACCAAUUCUUUGAAGAACUUUCUUCUAAAGGCAAUCGCGAAAUAAUUUCAAAGGCUUGUGAAGAAGGACUUUGGAAGAAGACAAAUAAGUAUGGAGAGAAUGUACUUCAUGUUGCAAGUAUCAAUGGAAAUCUUAAUCUUGUCAAAUCACUUAUUGAAUGUGACUGUGAUAAAGAAGCAAAGUCUGAUAAUGGACAAACUCCACUCAUUUAUGCAUCAUGGGAAGGUCAUCUUGAAGUUGUUAAAUAUCUUAUCUCAGUUGGAGCUGAUAAAGAAGCAAAGACUAAAAAUGGAUGGACUUCACUCAUUAUGGCAUCAAAUUAUGGUCGUCUUGAAGUUGUUAAAUAUCUUAUCUCAGUUGGAGCUGAUAAAGAAGCAAAGGAUAAUGAUGGAUACACUCCACUCAUUUUUGCAUCAUAUAAUGGUCAUCUUGAAGUUGUUAAAUAUCUUAUCUCAGUUGGAGCUGAUAAAGAAGCAAAGACUAAAAAUGGAGGAACUGUUCUCUCAGUUGCAAGAGAUAAUGUAAGAAAUUAUCUAAAAUCUAUUGGAGCUAAGUAA